UAAAACGAAAUCAAAUUGAGCACCAAAGCGUACAAUAAGACAAACCAUAUUAUGUUCUCCUUGCCAUCUCUAAGGAAAUCCUUACUACUAAUCAAGCCAGUGCUUUCAAAUCAACGGUCGAAUACUAUUGUUCGUCCGGUGUUUAACCAAUCACAAGGCUCUGGUUUGUCUUCAUCGAGCUUGGUGAAACCGUCCUUCGGUGGGUCUGGCUCUGGUGACAACAAGAGUGGAGAGCAACUGCUGCUCUUGUUACUGAGAUCAGUCUCUUCUGGGGUUUUGAUUAUUGGGUCUAGUUUGGGCUUUAGCUACUUGUCCCAUUCUUCUUUUGAUAGGAAUUCUUUGGUCUCUUUUGCGGAUGCUCCGAAGGAGGCGACAUGGGCAAUGAAUGGUGAUGAUCGGUUUGAACAUGCGAUUCCCCAGAAGAAAUCCAAGUUUCUCGUCGGAGAAGCAUACAGGAGAAGAGUUUUCUUCAACUAUGAGAAACGCAUACGACUGCAAAGUCCUCCUGAAAAGGUUUUCAAUUACUUUGCAUCACAUAGAACCCCUGCAGGAGACGUUCUUAUGACACCAGCAGACUUGAUGCGGGCACUAGUUCCUGUAUUUCCUCCAUCGGAAUCAAAUCGUGUUCGAGAGGGUUUUCUAAGAGGGGAACGCGUCCCUGGCGAGUUACGUUGUCCCCCUUCACAAUUUUUCAUGCUUUUUGAUACCAACAAUGAUGGACUCAUAUCUUUUCCCGAGUACAUCGUUUUUGUCACACUUCUUAGCAUUCCUGAAUCAAGCUUCUCAGUGGCUUUCAAGAUGUUCGACCAUAAAAAUGAUGGAGAAAUAGAUAGGGAAGAAUUCAAGAAAGUGAUGGCUUUGAUGCGAGAACAAAAUAGACAAGGGGCUUGCCACAGGGAUGGACGAAGACUUGGCCUCAAAGUCACACAGCCUGUAGAGAAUGGGGGCUUGGUGGAGUACUUUUUUGGAAGAGAUGGCAAGACAUGUCUAAAACAUGACACAUUUGUCCAAUUUUUACGGGAUUUACAUGAUGAAAUCUUGAAGCUGGAGUUUGCCCAUUACGACUACAAAAUACAUGGUACAAUUUCAGCUAAAGAUUUUGCGUUGUCAAUGGUUGCCUCUGCUGAUAUUAGCCACAUAAACGAGCUGCUUGAUCGCGUUGAUAAACUUGACAACGAAUCAAAUCUUAGAGACAGGCGGAUUACAUUUGAAGAAUUCAAAAAUUUUGCAGAGCUACGGAAAAGAUUGCAAUCAUUUUCUCUAGCCAUUUUCAGUUAUGGAAAAGUGAAUGGGGUGUUAACGAAAAAGGAUUUCCAACGAGCUGCAUCUCAAGUUUGUGGAAUAGCAAUUACGGAUAGUGUGGUUGACAUAAUCUUCCACGUGUUUGAUACAAAUCGUGAUGGGAAUUUGAGCUCAGAUGAGUUUGUGAGAGUUGUACAGCUACGGGAAAGGAACAACUCACAGCCUCGAGCAGACACCAAGGGAUUGAUAUCUUGCUGGCUAAGCUGUGCAACAAAUUGCUCCACUUCAAAGCUGCUUCUUUAA